GCUCGUGAUAUCGAGAUCAAUAAUUUGUGGAGUGUACAAAAAACAUUCGCAAAUGAGUAUGUAUCGUUUUAAGUGAAUAUUACAAAAUGUGAAUAUAAUAGUACAAACUCGGCAGCUUCGAAAAUUCGAACUUACUUUCUUGUAAACCAUCAUUCAUCGUCCACAAGUUGACGGAGGACACGAGUUUUUUUCAUAACAUUCAUGGCACGCAUUGUGUUGUACCCAAACCGGAACACAAAUAGGUAAAAAGUAUCGGCAAAUUGCGAGUAACUGUAUAAAUGUUUGAAGAGACGAAUGAUGGGCCCAGUGAGCUCACGCCCUUGAAGCAAAAGAAACGUACUCCACAAGGCCCAGAAUAUCAAAUUCAUUUCUCCGAUGCGGUUUCGUUUUACGGCAAAAGAAUUCAGGACUCUUCGUGCAACAACGGUACAACAGUCUUCGGAUCGGAGGUGAAUAGUGAACAUCUUAUAAUCAACAGAGCUACCGACAGUAAAAUGGAUGAUACAAAAAGGAUUCUUCUUAAAGUCGGAUUCGACUUUUUAAUCUUAUGCUGCGUCGGAUUUCCGAUUCUCAUAUUUUUCGUGGUUGGAGAUCCGUUCAAACGAGGAUUUUUCUGCGACGACGAAUCAUUAAUGCACCCAUUCCAUGAAUCAACCAUAACGAACUGGAUGCUUUACAUAAUCGGCAUUGCUCUUCCUAUCAUUGUGAUUGUUAUCACAGAAGUAAUUCGAUCUAAAAUGAAGCAUACACAAGUACAACCCUUAAAAGUUUUCAACGCCAACAUUCCUUUCUGGGUCGUGCAAGCCUAUAAAUCAAUAGGCAUGUUUGGAUUUGGGGCAGUCGUCAGUCAGCUACUCACUGACGUUGGCAAAUAUACAAUUGGACGUCUCAGACCACAUUUUUUUGAUGUUUGUCAUCCAAUGAUGCCGGACAAAUCUACUUGCCAUGAUUCGAUCAAUCAGGGACGAUAUAUAACCGACUUCGUAUGUACUAGUGAGAAAUCCUCCAAACGCAUGCUCAAAGAAAUGCGUUUGUCAUUUCCUAGUGGUCAUUCCAGUUUCUCGAUGUACACCCUAGUCUUUUGUGCUGCUCGUAUGAAUUGGCGCGGCUCAAAACUUUUGAAGCAUUUCUUUCAGUUUUUAUUGAUUCUACUUGCCUGGUACACCUGCCUCAGUCGUAUUUCAGAUUAUAAACAUCACUGGUCGGACGUUUUAGCAGGAGGUGUAUUAGGAGCAUCGGUUGCCGUUGUAGUGUCAAAUUUUUGUACUAAUUUAUUUACUGUGGAACGAAACCUCGGUUUAAUGACUCUUCCCCAAACCCGCUAUGAGCUUAGCACAAAUCAUACUGGAACGGGUAAUGGUAGCCAAUAAAUUAGUUACAUAAGGAUGAGUUGCAAGACGAACUCGCUAAGUAAUUUUUAAUGCUGAACGUAAAACAUCCCUGUAGAAAGGGCUUAGUUUUUAAUAUUUCAAAACUUUAGUAUUACAAAACUCGUACAUCAUGUUGCUAAUGUUGGCCCAUAUUAAAAUUUAUGGUGAAUAUUGAUUAUCAAUAUAUUAUUAGAAAACUAGUAAUUUAUUUUGAUUAUUGUAAAACUACUAUGUUGGCAUAUAUGCAGUCGUGUUUCGAAUAGCGAAAGUGGAAAAUGCUAGUAUUUUAAAACGUUAUAAAACAUAGAAAUUGUAAACAGUUUAUAACAAUUGUCAAAGAAAGAGUAAUUAAAAUCAUUUAAAUUCAAAUCUGAAAGUUACUUCUAACUGCCUGGCUACACGAUGCGCAAAUAAACGGUUUUGGCAUUUCAGAUAAAUGCCAAACUGUUUACGCCUCGGCCAAAACAUAUACGUUUUUACAGAAGCGCAAACAGCUUCGCAUUUAUCUGAAAUGUCCAAACGCCAGGCAGUAAUGGUUACAAAAUUACUGGUUAUAUAUUGAUUAUAAACAAGAGCUGUCAAAUACAUAAUCCGCAAAGAAUUGCAUAUAAUUCUGUUUUGAAUUACGUGCACAGUUACGUGCAAUUUCUUUUUUCAAACGCAUCACACCUUUUUUCAGGAAUGAGCCGAAGUGUAUUCAGUGUAAACAAAAUCGAAACCGUCUGUUUAAGCAUUGAGUGUUAACUGACAAACUAACUGACCAGAAAACCACAUGUGAAAUUUGCCAGGUAUAAAAGUAAGUCAUUUCUCCACAAAAUCAUGAUUGGUGUUGGAAAGUGGAUUCAUUUUGAGAAUCCUUAAAAGGAAAUCAUGGGUAAUUCCGGGGAAACCAUCAAACUCGACUGCAAAACCAGAUCCAUGAAUCCAGAUCGAAAAACGACUAGAUUGGGCCAGAAGAAAGGUGCAUAUUACUGCACCUUGCUGUGUUCGGCUUCGCAAACAAAAUUGGGUUCCAUGACAAUGCGCGGGACACCAAUCAAAACUUCUUCAAAAUACAAUGCUCUUGGCUUGGCUAUUAAAUGUUUUCGCAGUACUUUUUUAAUACUUCAAAAUGAAGAAACACCGAAAUACUUCAACAUGAAGAACUGCUACCGAAACUCAUCAUAUUUUAAUGGA